AUGAUUCUUUCCCAAACGCCGAGCUUCACUGCAGGGGCAGAGGGCUACUGCGCCCCGAACGUCGAGCCUGUGAUUUCCAAGUUACCCAGCAUCCAAGAUGACCCAGAAUUCGAAGUCUAUUGGGAACAAAAUGACAUAGACAACCCACGUUUGUGGCCACUUUGGUACAAAGGUGUCACUGUCGCAGCCAUGAGCCUUGGAGCCACAGUUGUCAGCCUAUCUAGCACCUUGUACACAUCUGGAAUCCCGGGGCUCCAGGAAGAGUUUGGUAUCUCUAAACUGGAGGCGCUUGUUGGUGUCACCACCUAUCUCCUUGGUAUGGCGCUAGGGAGUGUCCUUUUUGCCCCAUUAAGCGAGCUCGUGGGUCGGCGGCCGGUCUAUAUUAUCUCAAUGACGGUUUUCCUCUUACUUCUACUGCCGAGCGCGUUGGCGCGCAACAUUGAAACAAUUCUUGUGAGCAGGUUCUUCGGGGGCUUUUUCGGGAGUGCUCUGAUGUCAAACUCUCCUGCUUCGGUGAAUGAUAUUGUAUCAGACGAACAUAGGGCCUUGGCAUUCGGCUUCUGGUCCAUUGGGCCUACUAACGGCCCGGUUUACGGUCCGAUCAUUGGGGGCUUUGUGUUUGAACACCUAGGAUGGAGAUGGACCAAUUGGAUUGUGCUCAUCAUCGGAGGUGGUGUCCUGGCUUUGAUGGCCUCUAUCAAGGAAACAUAUGCGCCGGUUAUCCUGAGAAGACGCGCAGAACGAAAAAGGAAAGAGACGCAAAGCACAAAGUGGUGGACACGGUAUGAUGGUGCACAGGAUUUUGUGUCAUCACUGCGAACCAGUCUCAGCCGGCCAUUUAUAAUGCUUCUAACUGAACCAAUUUGUAUAUUCUGGGACGUUUACGUUGCUCUCGUCUAUGGCGUGCUCUACCUAUGCUUCGUUGCGUAUCCAAUCGCCUUCCAGCAGGAGCGCGGAUGGUCGCCGGGAAUCGGUGGUCUUUCAUUCGUUGGCAUAGGAGUCGGGGUUCUGAUAGCAAUUGCGUGCGAACCCAUAUUCCGCAAAGUAAUCAAUCUUCAUCGAAAGUCAGAGGACGGCAUGGUGGAACCGGAGGCCAUGGUCAGCAUCGUCGGAUUUGGUGCAACUCUCCUAGCUGUUGGACAGUUAUGGUUUUCUUGGACCUGUACUCCCAACGUUCACUGGAUCGUUCCAAUCCUGGCUGGCGUUCCCUUUGGAGCUGGGAAUGCAUGUGUCUUCAUCUAUGCCUCCAACUAUCUCGCCCGUUCCUAUGGCAUCUACGCUGCGUCCGCACUUGCAGGGAAUAUGCUAUUACGAAGUAUCGUGGGAGCAUGUCUUCCGCUUGCAGGUCCGUCCAUGUACGGAAACCUUGGACUGAAUUGGGCAAGUACGCUUCUUGGUAUUGUGGAAGCCGCGUGCAUCUCGAUCCCUGUGGUUUUCUAUUUCUACGGGCAUAAAAUUCGGAAGGCUAGCCCUCUUUUAAAAAAAUUAGAAGAUCACACGCUUUCACCGCACCGUUGA